GUGAGUUUUUCAGGUGAUGCUUCUUGCGUGACGUAUAAUCUAGUGGACGGAACAGGAGGCUUCUUCAACAGCGACAAAAGGCUACUGAUUUAACUAACGCGGUGGUUUGCUAGCAAACAAAACAGAAUCAUUGAAGCGUUUUAGACCAAUUUGUUGUAUAUUACUCUUCGUGUUUUGAACAUACUUCUGUUUACCUAUCUACUAGCUCAUUUCAACGUAAUUUGCUUGUGAAAUUAGCAACAUUGAUACAGCAUUUGGCUAAUCUCGCGGAGCAUAAACUCACUAAGCAAGACGGAGAAAGAAGCUCUGGUGAAAUUAGAGAAAUAAGCUUUCAGAAUGAAAAAGGAGGAAGAGGAGGCUAUCACAGUGAAAGAAGAGGAUGAUAUUACACUGAAAGAGGAAGAUGGGAAAGAGGUUGUCAGAGUGGAAGAGGAGGUAGAAGUUUUCAGAAUCAUAAAGGAGGAAGAUGAGAAUGUAGUGAAAGAAGAGGAAGAGGAGGCUAUCUCAAUUAAAGAGGAAGACGUCUUGGGAGUGAAAAGGGAGGAGGAGGAGACUGAAGAACUGAUUACCACCAGAGAGAGACAUGACUAUGGUGGAUCCUCUGCGGAGCCUCAACAACAUCCUGAUGCUGACGAGGCAGAGAAGAGUCUCUCCAGAUCAGAACACCAGAUGGACAACGCUAGCCUGCCUCCCUCCUCCCUCCCGGAGUCCCCGUGUCGUGCCUCUCCCGGUAGCACCUUACUGCUGGGUAUGAAGAGGUUGUCUGUGCUGCUGGUGGACUGCAGGAAAACAACGGGGCUGAGUGGAACUGUGAGAGGAGGAGAAGAGAAGAAAGGAUCAGAUUUGCCUCAUCAAAGAGGAAAACCAAACUUGGAGGAACCAGAGACGUCCAAACCAGCAAGUCAACACCUCUGCUCCCAGAUUGGAAAGAGUUUUGCCAAGUUAGGAAGCCUGAAAAGACAUGAGAAGAGUCUCACAGGGGAAAAGCCUUACCACUGCUCCCAGUGUGGAAAGUGUUUUAGACAGCAAGGAAGCCUGAAAGCUCAUGGAGGAUACACACAGGGAGAAGCCUUUCCACUGCUCCCAUUGUGGAAA